UGUUUGAUCCGUUAAAAUCCGCCCGUGGUUGUAAUUGGUACGCGAACAUAACACGUGAACACGUAAACACACGUAAAGUCAUUAUUACGAUCGUGGUGCCAAAGUUGUUGUCAUUAAGUUCGCAGAGGCCCACAAUAGUGUAACUGCCUGGUAUGUUAAAAGUGAAACUGUUUAAACUUGACAUAUACAGUGGAAGCCGAAAUAAGGAUUAUUUGUUGUUGUUGUUGUUGUUGUUGUUGUUGUUAUUUAGUUCUUUGAAGAAUCAAACAGGCUUAUAUCAUGGCAUUAUUAAAAUGGAUAGAUUUAACAGUAGAAACAAAUGCACUGUCCUUUAUUGCACAAUAUUCAACAGUUUACACGUCUAUCCGGAAGUAUUUUAGUUGCCAAAUCCACCUGCCAUAAUGCAAAGAGAAAUAACAUAUGAAUGCAUUAAGAAGUAAUAGUAAUAAUAGUGAUUGCAUAGGCUAUCUGACAUUGACAGAUGCCUUCCAAGUGCAUUUUAAAACACCUUACACAAAGAUAAACAGAAUGAAGGAAAUGUAUUGAUGUUACAAAAUAAUGUGGAUACGUUACAAGUGAGUUGAUAUCUCAUCUUUCAUAUCUUGACUCCUCACGUGUGUGAAUAAUUGUAACUUUCAGGUUGUGUGAAUCCUAAUUAUCACUACAAAGCCUAAAGUUCUGGCACCCCUAACAUGUGAUCUCGUACAUGGCUCUGAUAUUAGACACAUUGGCUUGUGAUCAUAGUUCUGAAGUGAGUGAUCAUUUAUUGUUAAAAUCAUAUCAGUCCUGCUUGGCCUGUGAUUCACACCCCUGCUGUUGAGCUGUUGGUUCAUACAUCAGCGUGAUCCAUAACACACACCCUGUUCAGCUGUCAUAUCUCCUGCCCGUAUUUCCUUUUUUAUCUGAGCCACACAUCAUGAACUGCGCUGUCACGAUGAUGGGCUCCUUAACUACUCCGCUGUUGGAUCUCAUUGGAUUCAUUUGUCUUUUUAGGCCGGGUUAAGGCUUCACCCCGGGAUUAUUGCAUUGGUGAUCUUCGUCUCUAUGGCGGUAAUAUUCGCUGCUCUAUUGAUCAUCCGAAAAUACUGCUUCCCGGUCAAUGAGGCAAGAUACAGAUACUCACAGCUGAGGCGGAUGGAGGACCAGGGUUCAGCAGCGACAGAGGGUGAAGGCGACAGGGGGCCCUGCACAGUCGGAGAGGAGUCGGACGAGGUUAGUGCAUCAUCCCUGAUUGCAGCUUUCCCUGUCCUUCGUGCCACUGUACAACCUGACACAGCUGUAACUUUCCUUAUUACUUCAAAUGUCAUUUUGUAAAUUCGUCUUUUUUGCCUCCUGACAGGAUCUUCUGGAAUAAAUCUCAGACCCGGGAUGCAAAAAAGAGUUUAUUGUGGAUGAAUUGUGUGCUUUAGGGCUGCAGCUAAUGAUUAUUUAUAAUGAUAUUUGAAAACAUCAUACAUUUGCUCCACAAAACUGAGAAAGUACCCAUCACAUUUUCCUACAACCCAUGAUGACAUCAUCAAAUGUGUUGCUUUGUUCAAACAACAGUCCAAAACCCAGCCCAGUGUUGCCAACUCUGAAAGUGUUAGCAGGACUAGCUCCAAAAGCUGUUAAAUCUCUCGAAAGAUUCAGGAAGUCGGCAACACUGAGCAUCCCUUCAGGCCUAUCCUCCAAAAUCACUCCCCUAAAGUUGUCAUUAUGGAUGUAAACUACCUCAAUCAGCGGUAAAAUUGUUGAUUCAAAGGUGCUGAAUACAAGAUGUGGAGCAUUUCUACUACCUCUCAACUGCUCUCAUCAUGGCUUAAGCUGAGCCAGCGGCUUGCUGCUAACAGCGCUAACAGUACCAACUAUAUGGCCAAAGUGCUGACAGAGCUAACAGCGUUUACCCGAGAGGUAACCAGAGGGAGGGCGCUAUGCUGCGGCGACCACCAACGGCUUUAUCAGCUGUAACCGUUGUAUGAGCACAGUGCGGAGCAGUGUAGUUGUUAUGGACUAAUGCAACGGCAACAAAUUAAGCAUUGAUUAUGAGGUUAAAGUUCAUGUAUUAUUUCAGAUUUUGUUCUACAGUUACUGAUGAUGGUGUGAAUGAUGUCAGUGAUGACUACUGCGUGUAUAUUUAUAUUCUGGCGGACAUUAGAGAAAUAUUUAUGUUGGUUGUAUUAUAAAUAUUCAUCCUGUGUACUGGUUGAUGUAUUUGCCUUCUGCUUGGAUUGUCCCUGUUCUGUCCAACUGGACACGACUACAUCACUAUUUCUGUCUCUUAUCUGAAGAGCUCUCUCUACUUUUAUUGUAUUAUUGCUUAAAUGGACAAACACAGUAUUUACAAAAAGAGGAAGAAAACAUGGAUAUUUUUUAUGUUAUCCAGUCAAAUGUUUCUCUGAAUGCAAAACGUUUCCUCUUAUCAGUAGAAUGUGGUACACAUGGACCCUCUGCUGGUUCUCUUUAGUAUCACACUGUGUCAGGAAUAUCAAGAGUUAAGAUGCUGCAAACAUAUACUGUCAUAAUGCAAAUCCCCUCGUGUGUAACACCAACAGCCCUAAUCGCACUAGGUUUGGGUGGACGGAGGAAAGAGUUUUUACAAAAACAAACAGUUCAGCAGUAUCUAAUGUUAGUGCUCACACUUAUAAAAACAUAACGAGCUUUCAAGUUUCGUCCUUUAAUUCUCUCGGUACUUUUUAGUUCUUUACUAUUUUAGUUUGUUUUGUGCUCGUUUGGUGCAGCUGAAGCUGUUCUAUUUAAUACGUUUGUGUUGUUUUUUCCUGUCAUUUGUCAGCCAUCUUUAUGUGUGUGGUUUCAUUUGUCACAAUUUCAUUUAACUUUAAUUCCCUAAUCAGCUACUCAACUGUGUCUUGAUGGAUAAAUGAUGACCUUGUAAUGAUUGGCCACACUAACUUUAAUGACAGUCAGAACAUCAGUUCAUUACUGCCUGUAGGGAUAUGCUAUUUUAAUAAUAAUAAUAAUACAUUUUAUUAGUAUAGCGCUAUUUUAGUUUGGGCCCCUCAAGGCAGGUGAAAGCUCAGACUUAGCUACUGCUCAAGGAUGAGCAGUGCAGAAGCUUAGUCACACAGGGCCUUGGCCUCUGGAAUUAACAUAUGGAAAUCAUUUACUAGGAAUAACCCCUUGAGAUGUACCAUCUCGUUUUUAAGUGGGUCCUUGAACAUGCUUUUUAGUGACAACUAACUCUUGUGCAAACAGUGUUGUCCAUCCAUCAAAAGUAUGGAUUUAAAUACCAUAUAUGUCUUGACAAAUACACCAUUGGCCUAUUUAUGUUGUGUUUAUUAAAAGAACUCCCUCUUCGCCAGGUUUCCUUUGAAAAACAAGCUUUAAUCUCAGUGACAUUUACCUGUAACACAAGAACAUAAUGAAACAAUGUUGUUUUGUUGUUUUUGAGAUUUGAGUUCUCAUCUGUUAUGGUUUCUUUUCAGAUUUGUUUGUGCCUAUUCCAUGCAUAUUUAUUUGCUUUUAGUAAGACUUUGACCUUUUAUUCUAUCAUAUGUAGCAUUUUAUUAAUGUAGAUAAUCUCACACAUAAAAUGGGAUUCACUAAAUACUCUUUAUUUCAUUCCCCUAGGUUUCACAUGUUUGCACGUCGACUAAGCACUAUUUGCUGUUUGCUAAAUUGUUAUCACAACGAGUAUCUGUUACUGAACCCAUAUUUGCAUUGUAAAAGAGAGAAACCUGAUCAUCUAGUUCACAUUGCCUGGUCAUGCUUAAAGCCACAUCCUGUUUUUCAUGUAGCACAAGGAGGAGCUGUUUUUUUUAAUGCAUAACCAAACAACAGGCAUGGUUGUAGGAAUUAUCAGAGUGCGUGUUCACAGAUGAGAUCGCACCAAAGCGCUGCUGUAUCUACGACACUUCUUGUUAACAGGAAAUACUAGAAGUGCAUUUCAAAGGUCCCAGCUCUUCCCUUUAGGAACUGGAAGCUAUCUAAGUUAUUGCAGAUAUGAGAAAUCCAGCUGUUUUGAACCUUGCUGCUGUAAUUAUUAUCCUCCUUAUAACCUGGAGAUUAGCCAUCAAUUCAUUUGAUGUUGGGGAGAAAGCAGGAAAUAUUCUCGGGUUUAAUGACAAAGAUCAAAUCAAUCCAAAAUUCUCAAACGGUAAAUUAAAUUAUUUUUUAACAUUACAUGACUUCCACAUUAACUGUGUGGUUUCCUUCAUGAUCAGAAGUACUUUUCUGUUUGCGUUUUCAGGUACAACAACUGAGCCAAAGUGCAGCCUCACCAGAGUCUGUCCGUCUGACCAUUUCAGUUUACGAAUCAGCAGCGGAGCAGCUAAUGUCAUUGGACCAAAGAUCUGUUUCGAUGGUGAAAUCAUUAUGAGUUAUGCGAUGAAUAAUGUGGGACCAGGGCUGAACAUUGUGGUGGUAAAUGGUAAAAAUGGAACCGUGGAAAAAUUUGGCUACCUUAAUAUGAUUAAUGGAAACACAGAAGACAUCCUGGCAUACCUAAAGGAGAUAAAACCUGGAAUGAUGGUCUUGGUGGCCUCGUUUGAUGAUUUGUCACCAAAAAUGACAGACGACAUAAGAGAGGUGUUUGUCGGAAUGGGAAGCACUUUGAUCAAGUCUGUAAAACGCAGAGAUAGCUGGGUGUUUGCUGGGAGAGCAGGGACAGAAAACAAAAGCCUCUUUGAGAAGCAAACUGUUAAUGAUGACAAAACCAACAUUUACGAAGGAUGGCCGGAGAUGGUGGAGAUGGGCGGCUGUAUCCCAAGGAACCAAACUGACCUGACAGGAUCUUUGUGAUGAAAAGGAGAAUAUGACUUAUUUCAGACUUCCAUGUAAAAAAUGAUGCCACUCAAAGAGUGUAAAUAGUUGUACACUCUUUCUGAAACCCAGAACUUACCUUAUUGAAUACAUAUUUACUUCAAAUGAUAUGUAUAUACUAUAUGUAUUGAAUUGUGUACCUCUACAGUGUGGUUUUACUACCUCUCUCUCUGUCUGCUAUGUGUAUAAUGGCAUCCAGUGUAUUGCCUGUCUGUUCAUCCUGGAAGAUAGAUUCACCUCUGUUGCUCUUCCUGGAGUUUGUCCUCAUCUCAAAUCAUGGUUCUAAGGAUUUUGUACAGAUUGUAAAGAUGUCUGAGGCAAGUUUGUCAUUUGUGAUUCUAAGCUUUAUAAAUAAAAUGUACUGAACUUCACUAGUGCUGCUGUUAAUAAUAAUAGAAGAUGCAAAGUGAAUCUUCAAAGAAAUGGAAACAUUUGACACACUGACAGAGGUGACUGGCUACUGUGCAACUAUUUAUUACUAGACAAUGAGAUGAAUGGGGUACUGCCAGUAACAGUUUUGUCCCUCUGGAAUCAUUUAAAUGUCAGUUAAGACCAGUGUUUUCACCUUUUUUAUCUCACUAUUUCUUAUUUUCUUUUUAUCUUAUAAGCACAUCAAUUGCAUACUUUUUCAUUUCAUCUGGUACACCAGAGGUUUAAGAAGUAAUACUUUACUUUAGUAAAAGUACAGAUAGUGUGAAAAUACUCUGUUUCAAGUUUCAGUGUAACGAUUUGUAAUAUUGCACCUAGUCGAGGUGGCCCUAGUUUUGACUACUUUAUGUACAGUUCGGUGGUUUAGUUUACCAGUCUGGCCCCCUCCAGAGGAUCAAAUGAUAAA